ACAAUCCACUGCAUGUCGCGGAGGCUGACAAAUGUGCAACUCAAUGGUUGAAACGAUUGAAGCCAAACAUUACAGACAUUGAGAUAGCUGAGAAACUUCGUAAACGUGGCGGCAAGGGGAUGGAAAACUUGGCUAGUGUGGCAGACGCAAAGUGGUCCGAUGUCGCCUUGUAG